AUGAGUCCUGGUGCCCAGAGCAGGCUGCAGGGGAGGAGGAUAAGACUGGCUUGAGGUGUGUGGUACUGAAAAGCUGAUACUAACACCCUUGAAUCUGGAAGCUCCAAUCCAGCAGCUGAGGAAAACCUCAAGGAAGGAAAAAAUGCUCUCUUUCAGGAAAUGCAUGUGAAGACAUUAAAGAGCAUCUUCCAAGAGGAUUGCAGUGCCGUGCUCCCUGAGAGAAGGCUGGCUGACCAAGGAGGGAAAUUGCAUAGGCUGUCCAAGUGGGUACAAUAUGAAUAAUUGGAUGAUGUAAAAUAGGCUGCUCUGCUUUUGAAAGAAGUGAAUGACUCACAUCACAUUACCUCAUUCCUCCUUCUACUUAGGAAUGAGAAACUAGACGAGUUCCUCAUGGCCCUGCUCCUCUACCUACCUUUUCACCUGGGAAAAACUGCCCUGGAAUUACCUGGAAAAGGAAUGCAGAUCCUUGAUUCUGGUGGCAUCACUGGAGCUCAUUGUAGCGAGUUAAAAUCCUGGAUGCACACACCCCAUGGGACAGUGGAGGAGAAGAGGAAGAACAAGAAGAAGAACAAGGAUGAGUGGUUCCUCUACCUUGACAGAUGACGUGACUUUGCCACCUUGAGAAGCCCCAGAGGAAGGCUGAGCAGUGGCAGCACUGUGCUCCAGAGAGCAAUGGCAGAAGGUGGCUGCAGUCAGAGCAGCUGGCAGCAGUGGUGUCUGUGGGACAGCAUGCUUUCACUUUGCUCAGUAAAUGACUUUGAAAUUGCAGCUUGAGAUGCCCAACUCAUUUGUCAGAGCUGGGGGAGUUUGACACACAAGAGGCUGGGCUGGGUGACUGGAGAUCCAGGCUAUAAUUCCUGGUCCUUCAUCUUAAUGCCUUAGUCGGGCCAUUUUUGAGAAGAUUAUGUUCCUGGCUGAUUUAAACAACUGCUUUGACACCUGCAGAUGAAUAUUAUUAUAAAUUUCAAUGUCGACCCUGUUUUUCUAAAGAGUUAGCAAAACAACCAGGAGACAUGACUUAGU